AUGGAAUCCAGCCCCUUCCGAGGGGAUCAGCCCUCUCUGCCUCCCGCAUCCCCAUCCAGACACACACCGGGAUCCAGCCCUCCCCACACCGGGAUCCGGCCCCCUGCGAGCGGCUCCGGCCCUCCUCCGCUUCGAGCACCCCGGACACAGAACCGGAUCCCGCCCCUGCAAGGGGAUCCAGCCCCUGCAACAGGAUCCAGCUCCCUGCAAGGGUAUCCAGCCCCUUUCCAAGGGUAUCCAACUGCCCCUGCCAUGGAAUCCAACCCUCUCCGCUUCCCGCAAGUGCACCCCGUAAUCCCAGGAGGAUCCAGCCCCUGCAAGGGAAUCCGGUCCCUCCUGCAAGGGGCUCCAGCCCUCCCCUGGCUCCUGCAGAUGCUCCCCCUACACACGCGGAGAUCCAGCCCCUGCCGCAAGGGAUCCGGCCCCGGCAAGGGGAUCCCGCCCCCCCUGCGAGGGGAUCCAGCCCCACGCAAGAGAUCCGGCCCCGGCAAGGGGAUCCCGCCCUUCCUCCAAGGGGAUCCAGCCCCACGCAAGGGCUCCGGCCCCGGCAAGGGGAUCCCGCCCGCCCUGCAAGGAGAUCCAGCCCUUCCCCGGCUCCUGCAGAUGCCCCCCCGUAAAACAGGGGAUCCAGCCCCCGGCAACAGGAUCAAUGCCAUCACCCCCCCGCCCAGGGGGAUCCACCUUCCCCCGGGGCUGCAGCCCCCGGCAACGGGACCCAUCCCCGGUAAUGGGACCCAGCCCCGGUAA